UACAUUUUGAAACAUUUGUCACAUAGGAUAUUUCUGAAAACUGACAAGAAACCAAAUCGACUAGGCCUAAAUUCUCUCGGAAGGUGGCGAGCUCGUCUUCAAGAUGCGACGUCAUGCCUUGACGGCACUUGUUGCUUGCGUCUUUGUGACCCUUUGGGGCGUAGUUUUGACUGAGAAGGUCUGCUACUUCAGCCAGGAGCCUGAUGCGAGUCAGUCAGGCCGUCUUCGCUGGGUUAUGCCGGGGAAUAAGGAAGAUCGUUGCGCCUGUACCAGUACCAGACCAGGGCCCGUUAACGUGCAGCCAGUCCGUUGGUCUCAUCAACCGUUCUACACCGACACUCCAAUCUUCACCAACGACCAGGAGGACAUUCAUGACUACUUCGACUGUCAUGAUGCCUGCCGCCCGAACCCCUGUCGACACGGGGGGAGAUGCGAGAAUCUUGGCGGCUAUUUCAAGUGUCACUGCGUGGACGGUUGCGGGGGAGAUCGUUGUCAAGUUCAAGAUGCCUGCUGCUCGAACCCUUGUCAAGACGGGGGAAGUUGCGUGACAAGGGGCGACGCUUUCGAGUGUCUUUGCUUUAACGGUUUCGGGGGAGAUGGUUGUCAAUUAGCACCAGCAUCGGAUUAUACCGAAGGCAUGUAGGAGACGCCCCCUGAAUGUUCCGAAUAUGGAGGUCAUGACGCGGUGUACUUUUGCGUAUAAUCAUGAGGAGCCGGAUGGGAAUUUCCCCGUGUUUUCUCCCAGAAGGAUUUUAAUCAGUAGUUUAAUCAGUUUAAUCAGCCUUAUUUUUGGUUAUUGCAUAAAUGUACAUUCUUUGCGUUCACUUAAUUCACCCUAAUAUAUUAAAAGGUGUACAAGUUUUACAAUUGUUCUGCAGUUGUUUAAUAGCUAUGCAUUCUAUGUGCUUUUGUUUUAUUGUAUUGAAUUUGUAAUUACAAUGUAUACGUGUGUGUAUUCACUUGUAAUGUAUGCUGGGCCCGAUAGAAACCAGUUUUAAACCGUUUGGGCAAACCCUUGGUAAAGAAAUGUAAUAAAUAAUAAAUACACGCUAGCCGGUGCAAGCGGCUAUUCAAUAGACUAUUUUUGCUCCCCGAAAAAACAUUUUCAUAGCUGGCAUGAUCAAAAAGUCAACUUUCGGCCAAACAUUUUGAAUUGCAGUAUGAAGUUAGCGAAUAUCUUAAGCUGGUAUUUCAUAGUAAAUUGGUCAUACCGCUCAGAAACAAAAUCUUGUGUAGCCAUUUCGUACAUUUUAUCGUGUACAAAGUUGUGGAAAUUGUAUAUUUCUCUGCGGCUAAUUUCAGCGCCAUCAGUUUGCUAAAUUCACAAUAAAAUCGAUAACUGUAGACUA